AUGAGUGAGGCCCAGGGUACACAGACAAUUCCCACACUGACAAAGGAAGAUGGAAUGGAGCAUAUAUUUAAGGAUGAGUCAGCAAUUCAUUUUAGCUGCAACAUCAACCUUCAAAAACUGGCAUUGGUUUUGCUGUCUUCUCUAUGUCCAACACAAGGAACAAUUUUUCCCGCUCCAAAUUUCAACCCUAUUAUGGAUGCCCAGUUGCUAGGAGGAGCCCUACAGGGAAUUAGUUGUGAAAAAGAUGUGUUGAUUGACAUCCUAACGCAGCGUUGCAAUUCACAGCGGCUUAUGAUCGCUGAAGCAUACAGAGACAUGUAUGGCAGGGAUCUGAUAACAGACCUAAAAGAGAAUCUUUCUCAUCACUUCAAAGAAGUCAUGGUCGGCUUGAUGUAUCCACCUGCCUCCUAUGAUGCCCACGAGCUCUGGCAUGCCUUGAAGGGAGUAGACACAGAAGAAAAAUGUCUAAUUGACAUAUUAGCCUCACGAUCAAAUAUGGAGAUCUUCCAGAUGAAAGAAGCCUACUUAAUGCAAUAUAAUAAUGACCUUCAACAAGAUAUCGAUGCUGAGACUUCAGGUCACUUCAGAGAUAUGCUCAUGAACCUUGCUCAGGGAACAAGGAUGGAAGGAUAUGCAGAUCCUUCUACAGCUGCUCAGGAUGCAAUGAUUCUAUGGGAAGCAUGUCAGCAGAAAACAGGCGAACACAAAAACAUGCUGCAAAUGAUUCUCUGCAACAAGAGUUACCAGCAGUUGUGGAUGGUUUUCCAGGAGUUCCAAAAUAUCUCUGGGCAAGACAUAGUAGAUGCCAUUAAUGAAUGUUAUGAUGGAUACUUCCAAGAAUUACUAGUUGCAAUAGUUCUCUGUGUUCGUGACAAGCCUUCCUACUUUGCUUACAGGCUUUAUAAUGCAAUUCACGACUUUGGGUUUCACAAUAAAACAAUUAUAAGGAUUCUCAUUGCCAGGAGUGAGAUCGACUUGUUAAAUAUACGACAGCGAUACAAAGAGAGAUACGGGAAAUCACUCUUUCAUGACAUUAAGGUAAGUUUGUACACACUUUUGCAUAUAUUCAGCAGUGACACCACACAGACUGUGCCAAGCCCUACCAGAAAAAUACAGAGGGUUAAUCUCCAUUCAAUCAUUUGGUUUAAAAAAAAAAAAAAGGGCAACAUAUAAAACCAAAAGCAUAUCUUUUCAAUGCCUCAGGCUGACUUCAGCAAGUGCUCAGUGAAUUCUCAGCUCCCAUUGUAUAUGAUUUUGUCCCCCCCAACAGCAAGAGGAGGAUAUAAACAGGGCAGGACAGUAUAUGAAAUAGAUUGCAAGGAUAGUUUCUACACUGAUACCAUCUUCUUUCACACUGUCCUGCAUGGGUAGGCUGAUACCACUUUGGUGCAAAACUGAGAUAAAAAUCUGGUUUUACCCUUGCGCUUUGGUAGUAGCAUCAACCUACAGAAAAACUAUUCCUCUUGUAGUCUUGCUCCAUAACUUAAAACAAAACUCUGACACUUUAUCUUUUUUAUGUUGCUAUAAUCCAACUGUAAGAUGUACAAUAACUGUAGAGAAAUUGCUUAGGAUUUUUUUGUAUUGAACUUGAGAAGUAUUAAAGAGGUUUGAUCCCAGCUUUCAAAUGUAGUUUGUUUCUAGGUGCCCAAGCAACUGAAGCCCAAGGUAUGAGAAAUGAAAAAAAACUUGACCUAGAAUCCUUACAAAAACACUGUAAUAUUUUAUAAAACCUUACAACAUUAGUCUAGUCCUUGCCACACACCUUGCAAGAGAAGAGAAAUUAAGAAAAUGUACAGUCACAGAAAUACUGAUUUUUUUUUUUUCUUGCAGCAUUUUGCUUCAGGCCAUUAUGAGAGUGCUUUACUUGCUAUCUGUGCUGGUGAUGCUGAAGAUUAUUAAGGAAGAAGAAGAUGAACUCUGAAGGGUGUAUGAAUCCAUUUUAAAUAGAAAGUGAAGCUAUAUACCAUAGAUUAACUGUACAAUAUCCCUACUUUACAUAAAAGAACAGAAAAAUCAGUGCUAUACGUUUGUUAGUAUUAAAACUUUCUUGAGACAGGAAAAAAUGUUGGCAGGAACAUGGUUUUAUCCUUAGUUCUAAUUAAUAUUUCUGUUUCUAUGAUUAAUACAAAUUAAUGAAGCAAGUAGUAAAAUAAUUCCAUGUAAGCAUAUGUUUAUCAUUUAAUCUCUCGGCGUCCCAAACAUUAGACAAUAGGCUAUGGAAGAAUCUAUUCACUUCCACAAGAGAGAGAAAAAACGUUUUGCUUUAUGUAUUUUAUCAGCAUGAUUCCUUCAAGUCAUUUUUUCUCUUCCUUCCCACAUUUUUUGCUCUUGAACAUUAUUGGUUUAGUUACUAACAGCUUAAGCAUCUGCCCAAAUCUGUUAUCAGUCACUCGCCUGCCCAGUGCUUUUGUAUUCUCUUUCAAUUAGCUCACCUACUUAAAGGCAAUUAAUUCCUUCUUUCCAUUUGAAGCAAAAUAAAAAAUGAGAAUCAAGAAAAAAACAUUAUUCAUUUAAUGCCACACACCGGAAACCCCUGGAAGAUGAAAAAUUAUGUAGCUUUGAGCAGAGAAGUUCCAGAGGUUUAGACUCUGAAAUUCCAUUUGUGCCUCUCAUUUUAAUCAUUAAUUGAAUGUUGACCUUCAGAGCACUGAGGUAUUUCCAGAAUGGCCCAGAUGAUAUAAUUCAGGAGUUGACUAGUAGUACGUAACACUGUACCUCCAAAUGAGGCUGAAGGAUGCAGAACUUCUCAGAAUACCACCAGCAAAUGCACUCUGACAACAUCUGGUGACAACUUAUACGGCAACAAUGAAGGGCUGCAGGCACCAGCUGCAAGUCCUCAUCCCACAAGAAAAUGUGAUGCUGCUUUUAAGCAUCUCAAAUCUCUUCAGUGCCGCCUAUCCAUGAGGCUUGUGAGCCUAUGUAUUUGUACUUUCUGUCAUCCUCUUUAUGUGAACAGGCAUAAGUAAGGUGAAAUGUGGUAAUAUGCACUAAAAUAACUGCCCCUGGUUUUUCUCCUGCAG